AUGGCGUCCUCAUCAAAAGACAAAGGCCCUGCAGCGCCCGCAACUACUAAGCAUGCGGACGCGGAAAACUACGAGAUGCCAUGGGUCGAGAAGUACCGCCCGCUGCUGUUGUCGGAGAUUGUUGGCAACACCGAGACGGUCGAGCGGCUAAAGGUUAUCGCGGAGGACGGAAACAUGCCUCACAUUAUCAUUAGCGGCAUGCCCGGCAUUGGCAAGACGACGUCGAUCCACUGCCUUGCUCAUGCGUUGCUCGGUGACGCGUACAGGGAAGGUGUGCUUGAACUGAACGCAUCUGAUGAGCGCGGUAUCGACGUGGUGCGGAACAAGAUCAAGUCGUUUGCGCAACGGAAGGUCACGCUUCCACCAGGGAAACACAAGAUCAUCAUUCUCGACGAGGCGGAUUCGAUGACUUCCGGCGCGCAGCAAGCACUCCGACGCACAAUGGAGAUCUACUCGAACACGACCCGCUUCGCGCUCGCUUGCAAUAUGAGCAACAAGAUCAUCGAGCCCAUACAGUCACGUUGUGCUAUCCUGCGAUACAGCAAGCUGCGGGACGCCGAGGUGCUCAAGCGGCUUCAGGAGAUCUGCGAGGCCGAGAACGUGCAGUACAACGACGAGGGUCUAGCCGCGCUCAUCUUCACUGCGGAGGGUGACAUGCGCCAGGCGAUCAACAAUCUCCAGUCGACGUGGAGUGGAUUCGGAUUCGUGUCGCAGGACAACGUGUUCAAGAUCUGUGACCAGCCGCACCCCAUUGUCAUCCGCGGCAUGAUCAACAGCUGUCAGAAGGCCGAGAUCGACGACGCGCUCGCUCGCAUCCACAGCCUAUGGGACCAGGGAUAUGCCGCUGUCGACAUUGUCACCACCAUCUUCCGCGUCGUCAAGACCAUGAACGAGCUGCCAGAAUACGUGCGCCUCGAGUUCAUACGCGAAAUCGGGUGGACGCACAUGCGUAUUCUUGAGGGUGUGGGGACCAUUGUGCAGCUCGGCGCCAUGAUCGCGCGUCUGUGCCGAUUGUCGCUCCCAGAUGGUGCGCUGAAGUUGUGA